CCCCCGGGCCUUCGUUUGGGGAUCCUGCCCUGGGCUCUCCAUAAAGAGUUGAGGAGGGGAGAGUAUUCCUCCUCUUCACGAGGUUUCAUACAGAUGUUGAACAACCCCACAUUAAAGGCUCCCCAUAGCUGAAAAGCCCCCCCAAGCAACCCCCUCUGGGAAUGCCCAUCCCAGUAGGACCAGGACCAGCGCAAAGGGGAGUCACCCACCCCUAACUGGGACAGAGAGGUUGAGGGGAAUUAACAAGGCCAUGUUUCCCAUUAUGUGUCUCUCUGGACAGAGGUCAUCAUACAGGGUCAUCAUACAGGGUUUCAAGGGAAUCGGUUUCCUCUAAGAGCACCUGCAUCUGGUCCGUUACCCCCCCCCCCCCAAAAAAAAAAAGAAUCUAGAAUUUUGCUCAGAAAAGGGGGGUUAGCAGCUGGCCAGUAGUUAGUUCAAUUUUCUGAGCAUGUAGGUUUUUCAGGGAAUGUUUUACUUCUCCUGAUGGUGUUUCAAUUUUACAACAGAGCAACACAUUUGCUUUUGUAGGAUUUGCUGGCACCUCUGAUUCGCACAGACAGAACCUGGCAGAAGACCAAGGGAUUCCCUCCGAUCUCUUGGAGGCUUCCUGAGAGCCCAGAUGGAGGAGCAAGACUCAGCUGGCCCUGAAGCGGGAAGAAGCCAUGCCAUCCAAACUGAGAAAAGUGGGGGAUUCUGGGAAAACCCCAUGCAAAGGAUCCUGGGUGAGGAAGACACUCUUUGCUCCGAUGUGCAGAGCCAACAGUUCAGGCAGUUCUGCUACCAGGAGGCCGAAGGACCCCGAGAGGUUUGCAGCCGACUCUACCGCCUUUUCCGUCAGUGGCUGAAGCCAGAAAGGCACACGAAAGCUGAGAUGCUGGACCUGGUGAUCUUGGAGCAGUUCCUGGCUGUCCUUCCCCCGGAGAUAGAGAGCUGGGUGAUGGAAUGUGGAGCAGAGACCAGUUCCCAGGCGGUGGCUCUGGCUGAAGGUUUCCUCCUGAGUCAGGCAGAGGAGAGGAAGCAGGAAGAGAGAAAGCAGGGAAAGAAUCUGCUUGUAGAAAUGGGUCCCGAUUCCCCUCUGGCAGAGAGGACUCUGUUGGACACCAGAGAGAGACCACUGGGUGAGGGAACAAUGGCAUCAAGACCUCCUCCUCCCUCUUUUCAUGGUGGUGAAGGGGAAGCAGCGGCUGUGGAACCAGAUCAGGCUCCAGUGUGCUUUGAAGAUGUCGCUGUUCGUUUCUCAGACGAGGAACGGGUGUUGCUGGAUCCUGACCAGAGAGCUCUGCAUAAGGAAGUCAUGGAGGAGUAUCGUGGGAUCCUGGACUCUCUCAGUAAGGCUCCCUGCUGGAUCACAAUAUCUGUUUUGAAAUUCCAUGCGUAGCUCUAUGUGAUGAACCGCUAUCACAGUGGCCGGAGCAGGCUACUUCAGAGUAACGACGCUACACAGCUCUGCAUUUUAUUCUUUUAUUGGUGCUGCGUAUUUACAGUGCUGAAGUCAUUGCUAUUUACACGGAGCGAUGUGGUCAUUCGGUUUCAGAACCUCCGAAUGGCUUUU